AAACAUCCAAGAGUGUUUCUGUGGACAGUGCUUCAGGCGAUUGUUGUAUGUUUUCCUCAGCCGCUCUCCCUUGGGUAGGACAGACAAGACAAUGCGAUUUUUCCCUCGAGCCAUCAUCUUAAUUUUAGUAGGCUUUAUUUCCCUGUUAUGGUGGCACCAUCAUCUCUCUAUCCCUCAGCAGCAAGACCAUUUGACCAACGAAGAGGAGAUGGAUGUACCCCGCACAUUUGAUGCUCUGCUACAUAUUCAGCAGGUCAGAAAAAAGACAUUGCGGUCUUUCUGCAGGAAAAAGAGCAAACUCACUAAGCUUCCAGCUAUCCAAAAGGAAGCUUCCCAACUACUCUCUUCUAUUGCAGUGAAUCACAACCUUAAUUUCCUAUAUUGCAAAAUACCAGCCACCGGAGUGGAAGAGUGGGAGAAGCUGUUGGAAGUGAUAUUGGAGAAUGAAAAUGUCACAUUGCAGGCACCUGUGCCCUAUCACCAGGACUUUGGUAACAAAAUGGCCUUGAGUAAAUACAAUUUGACAUCAAUGGAAACUCUGCUUAAAGCCUACACAAAAGUGGUUUUCAUUAGGGAUCCUUUCCAUAGACUCAUGUCUGCUUACAUGCAUCGAUUGGCAGACAAUCAAACCUUCAAAGAGUUCAUUGACUAUAUCUUGUACAGUGGAUUGAAGAAUGCCAGUGUUGAGUGGACACCCUUAGUCAAGCUGUGUCAUCCAUGUCUUGUUCAAUAUGACUAUAUCAUAAUGUUUGGUUUUCUUGGCAAUGAAGUACACCAUUUAAUGCUCCGGACUGGAUUUUCAGAUAACAUCCAGAUGCCCAAGUUCAUGGACUCCAAGAUCCAGAGGACAUAUAACUGGCUGGAAGAACAGAUGUUUAGUGAAUUAUCCCUUAUGCAGAAGAAAAGUCUUUGCCAUUUCUUUCGAUUUGACUUUGCUGCAUUUGCUUUUCCCAGAAGUUUGCUCUGGGACCUCAUAUGCAUUUCUGGAAACAGGAUAGAAUAGAAUAACAACAUUGGAAGGGACCUUGGAGGUC